CGCUUGGUAGCCCCUGCGGGUGACUCGUGCCUUCUGGGUGGGUUGAUUGAGCGCCGCAGACAUUGUACAUAUCGGUCUUUUGUUGAUAUUGUUGUUCGACACCAUGGGCAAGUCGUAUCUUAAUCUGGUUAAUGAGUGCGAUAGUUUUCCGUACUACGAUGAUAACCCCGCAUUAUACCUGGAACAUCUGAAGAAUUAUCACGUUUUCAAAGUCGCCGGUUGCGAUGCCGCCCUGGGAUAUAUCCUGAACUCGACAGUAGAGAAGUUCUUCUCGCUGUCGGAAUGCUGGGCUGUCGAUUCUGCAAACCGGACCGUCACCCUCGUCGCUCCUGCUGACGCGACACCUGCCCAGCGCAGCGAACUGGUGGCCAAGUCCCUCGAUCAGGCUGUGGAACUGGGAACGUUCGAUAUUCUGAAAGGAUGGCGCAACGAAAUGUAUCCGGUCUAUGGACCAGGCGGUGAAUUCCUCCUGGAGAUGGAACGGUCUGCGACUCCUUUGUUCGGUGUCGUCUCCUACGGCGUCCAUUCUACGUGUUACGUGGACGAUGAGGAUGGUCUCCGCAUUUGGGUUCCGAGACGCUCGAGAACGAAGCAAACAUAUCCCGGUAUGCUGGAUAACUCUGUGGCGGGUGGUAUGAGCACCACAGAGCAUCCGUUUGAAUGUCUCGUUCGCGAGGCGAUGGAGGAAGCGUCCCUUCCGGAGGACGUUGUCAGGGCUAAUGCUACUGCUGCGGGCUGUGUCACGUACACAUAUGUCCGGAGCUCGAAAGCCGGGGGUGAAACCGAUCUGGUGCAGCCGGAGGUUGAGUACGUCUUCGAUAUCAAGGUCGGGGCCGACAUUAUCCCCAAGCCCUGUGACACGGAAGUCGAAGAGUUCAAGCUGUACACGGUGGAAGAAACCAAGGCGGCAAUGGCAAAUGGGGAAUUCAAGCCCAACUGUGCCAUGGUCCUGAUUGACUUUUUCAUCAGACACGGGAUUCUGACUGCAGAGAACGAGCCCGACUACCUGGAAAUCAUCGCCAGGGUGCACCGCCGCUUUGAGUUCCCAACCGCGUCCCACGUGACGAAGUGAGCUACAACUGACUCGAGAUAUGAAUCAGACCAUUGUUGUAGAGAAAUGUUUAAUGUUCUAUUUGAUAUACCCAAUCACCAAUCAAACGCCGGCGCUGCAAUCAAGUACCCCAAUCAAUGCAAACAGACUUUUCUGACUAUCCGGGAGAUUCCAUACUUCUGGAGACAAAAAUUUGACGGUUCGCGGAAUUCCUCUAUUUCUUCAGGAGCAGAUACACGUAGUCGAUUCUCAGGGGCGCCAGCUUCUUGUAAGGACCUUCCAGGUAAAGCAACAGUCCACCGAAGGAGAUGAAAACGGCCAUGUUUCCCUGGCUGGAACCCUCCUCGAAGCGGUAGACCUUUCCGUGGCAGACGUAGUCGUAGUCAUUGGCCAGGGUCUGCUCGCCCAUUCCAACCUCC